CAGUGUAUGUCCGUCUGGAUCCCUGAACUGUGUGCGUCUUGGGUGCUAUGGCCGCCCCUCCGCAGCUGCAGGCUCUGCUGCAGGCGGUCAACACACUGCUGCGCCAGCGCCGCUACCACGCUGCGUUAGCCGUGCUUAAGGGCUUCCGGAACGGGGCCGUCUAUGGAGUCAAAAUCCGGGCCCCUCAUGCACUCGUCAUGACCCUUCUCUUCAAGAGUGGCAGCCUCUGGGAGAAGCUGCGGGCCAUUCUGCAGGCCACGUACACCCACUCCCGGAACCUGGCCUGCUUUGUGUUCAUCUACAAGGGGCUCUGUGCUCUGCAGUCCCGAGUGCAAGGCAAGACCCACCAGGUGCACUCUUUCCUGGCUGCCUUCGUCGGGGGUUUCCUGGUGUUUGGAGACAACAACAGCGUCAACAGCCAGAUCAACAUGUACCUGACAUCACGUGUCCUGUUUGCCCUGUGCCGCCUGGGAGUGGAGAAGGGCUACAUCCCAGAGCCCAGGUGGAACGUGUUCCCUUUGCACACUGCAGUAUUUUGGGGGCUGGUGCUGUGGCUAUUUGAGUAUCACAGGCCCAUGCUGCAGCCCUCUCUGCAAUCGUCCAUGACCUACCUCUAUGAGGAUAGCAACAUAUGGCAUGACAUCUCAGACUUCCUCAUCUAUAAUAAGAGCAGCAGCCCGUCCAAGUAAUACAGCCCCAAAGGCUCAUGGGAGCCCCUCUUCCUCAACAGCUUCCAAGCAGUGACCAUCUGCAGCUCAAAGUCUGACUCCAUCAGCAAACCGUCCCAGUGAAUCCUGCCUCUCACGUCACAGGCCUUACACUCCAACUUGUGUUAUCCCAGGAUUCUGUCUGCUGAAGUAAAAGCACUGGUUUCGCAUCCUGUAGGUACUUUUGAAUGGUGGGACAAAUGGUCGAAUCAGGCAGAGGAGACUUGGGGUUGGUUCCAGCCGCGCUGACUUUGUGAGGCCAGGACAAGUCACACCCCUCUCUAGAACUCAGGGGCCUUGCAGCAGAGGACCCUGGUGGGCAUGUUCAUUCUUCCACUGUGCCUAUGUAGCAGGGCAUUUUGCGGGUGGGCAGUGGUCACAAAUACUUUUUAAAAGUAAUGUUAAGUUUCUUAUCUCAGGUGCUUUGUUGGAGUUCUAGAGCCUCACUGUCCAGUAGAAACAGUGUGAACCAUAUAUGUAAUUAAAAUUUUUCAAGGGUUGGGGGCAUAGGUCAGAGGUAUGGAAACUCUAAGUUCCAUCCCCAGCACUGCCAAAAAAAAAAUUUUUUUAAAUUUUGUCUAGUAGCCAC